AUGCCUACAAAAUUCGCAAUAGUAACAUCAGAGCCUCUGCCAGACUCAAUCGACCUGGAAGAAAAAGGAAAUGAAAUGCUCAAAGAAGUCACCUAUGCCAUCAAAAGUUUUAUGGGUCCUGGCACUAUGCUUGACCACUUCAAAGUUAUUCCACCGAAGCAGUCGAACAUCUUGCAAUUUUUAGCGCAAGUGUUGAUCUGUUCUUUCUCUCUUGGUGUCGUGAUCUUUACUGGCUUCAAAUGCUUCCAAGGAACGAGGACGUUUCGCGUCGGAGAGAAAAGAGCAGUGGUGAUUGGUUAUCUGAUGACGUUGAUUAUUCCGAUGGUUGAUGUGUACCCGGGUUUGUAUCUCUGGUACAGCUACACUGCCUACAACAGCAUGUAUUCAUAUGACUGGAACUUCGCAAUCUCCUUCGUUCUUCUUUACUUUCCAAUCGCUGAGGCCCUAAACCUCUGCGUCAAAUCGUAUUUCUUGGUCAUCACAGUUCACCAAAAAUACCCGCCUCAGUGGAUCUUCCUAUGUUCUGGGAUCGCCGAGAGAAUCGAAAUUUUGGUCAUUAUUUUGCCAAAAUUGUUCAUGGAAGCGUUCUUAGCGGCGCUGCACUGCGAAUUUAUCGGCUGGUUUUCCUUUCUCAUUCUGAUUGUCAAUGUUCUUGGGUUGCUGAUGAGCUCGAGUUUAUCCAUAUGUUCGAGUCCGAGCAUUCUUUAUGAUCCGAAACUGACAUCGAUAGACGACAUCGCACGCAACAAGAAUAAAUUUAUCGAAGAAGAGUGGUGCGGGACAACACUUUCUGAAUGGUUUCAGCCGAGAAUGGGACAAUGUGUAAAAGUUGAUAGGUCUCAAAGGGUUUCGCCGCUGCCAUUUGGUCCUCAGCAAAACUCGAUCUACGGAGCUCUUCCUGCUUGUGCCAACCCUUUGGAAAUUAUAUUCGCCUGUGUUUUGCUGAUAACUCUGGUCAUAACACUUUUCUACCUUGGCAUCAUGAUCUACGACAUCCGACGAGUCAAGAGAAUAGCUUUUUCUCGCGGGAGAAGAUCUACACUCGGGACCAUUUUCAACGUCACCAAUUCUUCCUACUCUCUGAAAAACAACUCAAUUUCUACUGUCACUAUUCAAGAUAUAUCUGUAUAA